AUGGCGGAAAUCCAAAACUCCAACCCCACAAUCCUUAAUGUGGCAGAUCUGCCAACAAGAUCUCGAUCCAUCGAGAAAUCAAAUGAUCAUGCUGGUAUCUUUGCCGCCAUUGCCAACCCCGCUGAUUUUCUCUCGGACCCGGAAAGUGAUGACGACCUAUUGGAGGAGCCCAUUGACGAACAAGAAAUAUAUGAUUUGAUCAAGUCCAUCUCUGAUCCAGAACAUCCAAUCUCACUUGGCGAACUGGCCGUCGUCUCUCUUCCAGACAUCUCAAUCAAACGCACUUUGCCCAACAUUCCUGAUUCACCUCUUCAGACUGUCACUGUCCUUGUCACACCAACUAUCACUCAUUGUAGUCUAGCUACUGUCAUCGGUCUUGGAGUUCGGGUGCGAUUGGAACAAUCUCUUCCAUCCCGCUUUCGGGUUGACGUGCGCAUCAAAGAGGGAACCCAUAGUACCGGUGAUGAGGUCAACAAGCAGUUAGGUGACAAGGAGAGAGUGGCAGCUGCUCUGGAGAAUGGAGCCUUGAUGCAAGUCAUUGCCAAAAUGAUGGAAACGUGCCAAUGA